UUGUUGUUGCCGAUAAGCAGUGAGGGGCAGCUCCACCCCAGCAGGAACAGCUCGUCUCCUGGCUUCCCAUCCGCCCCAGAAAACACUGUCCCAUCUCAGCAAGUAGCAUCCCUGCAAACCUGACCAUCUCCACGAUGCCACAUUCGUGCAGGCUGGUGAUCUGCGUGCUGCUGGGGCCGGGGUCCCUGCUGGUGAGGGGGCUGCCCCUAUCCUGCCCCCAUACCUGCCAGUGCUACGACACCUCCAAAAUCUUCUGCUCAGACGAGAGGAUGCGGGAGAUCCCGGCGGGCCUGCCGGGCAGUGCCACACAGCUCUUCUUUGUGGAGACAGGCCUGAGCAGUGUGCGCAGGGGGGCCCUGGGCACCAGUACCACCCUCACCAAGCUGGUCUUCCUCAACAACAACAUCCAGGAGCUGGAAGCCGGUGCCUUUCAGUGGCUGCCCAGCCUGACCGAGCUGGAGGUGUCAGGAAACCCCUUGCCAGCAGUCAGCCUUGGGGUGCUGAUGGGGUUGACCAACCUCAGCAAGCUCUCCCUGGGUGCCAAUGCCAUCAGCUCCUUGCAGCCAGGAUUCUUCACUGCUGCAUGCAGCCUGCAGGACCUGCGCUUGCCAGGGAACAGGAUUGUGGCAUUGCCCCCCGGCAUCUUCCACCCACUCCGGCAGCUCCAGGCCCUGGACCUCUCACAGAAUGUCCUGGUUGAGCUGCCAGAGGGGCUGCUGGCCCCACUCACUGCCCUCCGCCUCCUCAAACUCAGCGACAACCUGCUGGUGCGGGUGCCCCCCGGCGCUUUCAGGGCACUUGGCCAGCUGACUGAGCUCCACCUGGAUGGUAACCGGCUGGAGGAGCUGCCACCCGGCAUCUUCACCGGGCUGGGGGGGCUGCGGCGGCUGCAGCUGCAGCACAACGCCCUGGGCAGCCUGGCCCCCGACAUCUUCACUGGUCUCCUCAACCUCACUACCCUCAGCCUGGAGGGCAACCGCCUGGCCACCCUGCCUGCCACCCUCUUCACUGGCACACCCAGCCUCCUCCACCUCUCGCUGGGUCGCAACCAGCUGGAGACGCUGCCCCGGGAGCUCUUCUCCAACCUGUCGGCGCUGCAGACCCUGGUGCUUUCACACAAUGCCAUGUUCUACCUGCCCACUGAGGUUUUCCAGGGACUGGCAGCACUGACAGCACUACAGCUGAGCCACAACAACCUCUCCAGCCUGCCAGCAGGGCUCCUGGCUGGGCUGCCCCUCCUCACUGUCCUGGCACUGGACCACAACCGCCUGGCCCGCCUGCCCCUGGGGCUCUUCGAUGCCAAUGAUGAGCUGGUGCGUGUGGGGCUGUCUGACAACCCCUGGGCCUGUGACUGCCACCUUGCCUAUCUCCUGCACUGGCUCCAGGGCUUUGCUGAGCCCCUCAUCCAUGGGCAACCCUUCUGUGCCAGUCCAACUGCUCUCCAGGGACAGUCCCUGCUGGAGGUCCCCCGGGGGCAGCUGGAGUGCCCGGGAGGACCUGGUAUCCCCCCAGAGGAAGGUUGGGACAGGGAUGCUCCAGGACAGUGCACCUACAGCAACCCUGAGGGCACUGUAAGCAUGGUCUGUGAUGCCACAAGCUGCCAGCAGCUCAGCCUUCGCCUCCCUCCUCCUCCUCCCGAGCAAGUGCAGGGGUUGGGGCCGGCGUACCAGGGUACCUGGGUGCUGCACUCCCACUGUGGCACACUGCAGGUCAGCGUCCUUGUCACAGCACAGAGCGGGAAUGAGGCCACAUCGCCAGGUCUCCCUGCUGUGCCCUAGAGCUCAGGUAGGUGCCAGCUUCUGCACUGGAAACCUCAGAGCCAGCCUGGGAAACAGCACCCAGUCUUGCUCUGCUACCCCUGCCUUGGUCACCAACCAUCACUGAGCUCUCCACAACAGCUGGCCUGGUGGUAUUUAUUCUCCAAGCUAUGUGUUUCC